CCCUUAUGCAGUCGGUCUGUCAAGUUCUCUCAAGGGAAUGUGCCACAGGGAAGGCUACGAACGAAGUUAGCGCGCAGGUCAAGUCCAAUAUAAAGCAGUGAAUGGUCCCCGGGCGCCCAAGGUGACCAUGAUGCCUACCACCGCUGUGGGAAAGAAGCUGGAUCUCUCCACACUGACAGAGGAGGAGGCCCAGCACGUGUUUCAGGUCGUCCAGAGAGACUUUGACUUGAGGAAGAAAGAGGAGGACAGACUGGGGGAGCUAAAGACGCAGCUAGAGAAGGAGGACACCAAGAGAGAGCUGCUGGGCACUGGGACCAGCCUGACAGAGUCCCACUGCAUCCGCUGCUUGCAGCCCUUCAAGUUCCUGGUCAACAGUAAGCGUCAGUGCAUAGACUGUAAGAUGUACACCUGCAAGGCAUGCAGCCGCUACAACAAGAAGGAGCGCGGAUGGGUAUGCGACCCCUGCCACAUGUCCAGGGUCCUCAAGAUUGGCACUUUGGAGUGGUACCAUGAGAAUGUGCGCUCCCGUUUCAAGCGCUUUGGCAGUGCCAAGGUGAUGCGCUCGCUCUACAAGAGGUUGAGUGGUGAUCUCAGCGCCUCCCAGAGUGACCUGAGAGAGCCUCAUGAAGAUGACACACACAGCAUGCCCGAAAGCCACAAUGUCUAUGAUGAGAACAACAUGGACACCGUGGCAGAUGGACGACACUACAGAAUGAGUCCACAGAGCAGUCUGGAGGGCGGCACACGGGAGUCCCUGACAGCCGAGGCCGACAUGGCCUGCAUGUUCCAGCAGAUCCUGGAGGAGCAGGGUGAGAGAGACCCCGAGUUCAACACGGAGGUCCUCCACAGCCGCCGGAUGAGUCUGCUGGACAAGCCGGCCCGCUUCGGCCCCCCCGUCUAUGACCUCUCUAUCCGGUCAGACGAGGUGCCAUACCCAGAGAACUGGAUGAUGCGGGCACGAUCCUUGUCCAGGAUGAGCCAGUCUUCGGGUGGCAGUGCCAACAACGGGCACCUCCGCAGCAGCGGACAACUGUAUGGCCUGGAGGACUCGGAGGAAGAGGAAGAGUACCAGCGCCAGUACCAGCGUCUGCCGUCGCGCCGACGUAGUCACAGCCACUUCUCCUCACAGGAAAGCCUCAACCACGGGGCACCGCCACAGAUAACUGAGCUGAACAGACGCAUGUCGGUCAUUGAGAAACUACUGAACCGUCUGGAACAGAAAGUGACAUCCCCCUAUGACCAGGGCCAAUCUUGUACUUCUCCCCUGCCCCAGUGGGAGGAGGUGGACCUGGAGGAACUGCAGCUGAGGCAGAAGCUGGACCAGCUGACGGGCAACAUCAGUGACAAGGGUCUUUCCUCGGAGGAGGAUGAACCCAAGAGGCCCCCAUCCCCCAAGGAGAGCCCAGGGAGGAGGAGGCGCCUUAGGGGGGACGUGAGCCCAUCCGGGUCCCUCUCCAGACCCUCCUCCAGACCGGGCAUCAUGAUCAGCCCACCCAUCGUUGAACUGCAGGAGCCCUCUGAAGUGCAGGCCUAUUUUUCAACAGGACAUUCCAGGAGCCUCCGUGAGGGCAGUUCUCUGACCCGCUAUCGUCCCACCACCACCACAGAGCUGUUUGAGCUGGAAGGCAAGGUGGCGAUGGCCGCUGCCACAGUACAGAGCACAGUGAGCGAGGUGACAGACAUCGAGAACAAGAUCGCUGCGCUGAGUGCUGCUGGGAUGUCUGUGGAUAUGACCAGGAGAAAGUCAACUGUCCCUCCCCAAAGAAGGAGAAGUGCCUAUGACCUUCCAACAAAAACCAGUAAUGGCACAGGGUCCAUGAGGAGGAAGUUGAGCAUCUUGUAACUGAGCACAGUGAUUCUUAUAACAGAGAAUCUGCUGGAGCAGGAGUCCAUUUAGAAUACUUUGUCAAGUUCUUUCAUUGGCUAUACGUUAUUGUGAACUGAACCUGGGUAUAAUGCCAUUAUCUCUCUGUGUUUGUUUGUUUAUUACAUUUAUCCAAUAUUAUUUCUAAUAAUAUUUAUAUUCAACAAUGUGAAAUGUUAUGCUUCAUGUUUCAUUGUCUUAAUGCAUUUGUUGAAAAGUUAAAAAAAACAAAAAAAACAUAGCAAUGAUGUAACUGCCAAGUUUAUUAAAAUGUACUWAUGACUAGACUUAGACAUCCAUAGUACAUUAACUGUUAUCACAUGUUUGUACUACGGUUGAAUGAGCCUGUUGAAAAGCUUUAUUAACUUAACUAUUAACAGAUUACACAAUUAUAUGUAGGGUUUUCUCCAGAGAAUUGCAGCUGUUUCUMAUAUAGGCUUCAUUCCAUAGGGUUCAUGGAACACUUUGUAGGAACCAAAUCUCAGUGGUCAAUUGAUAAACCAAUUCCAGGUGGCGCAUAUGGUUCUCCCUUGGGUUCCAGUCUAUGUGCUUUCUGACAUCAAGGGACAAGAGAUUGAGUCAUGGUCUGCGUCCAGACCCGGCGCCAGAACGAAUCAUUUGGACUGCCUCUGCUUUCCAUAGGCGGGCCUGUUUUUUCACGGGACCUCAUGCGUGCACAUGCUUGCGCGUUCACAGUUUUUUAAAUUGGUGUAAUCCCUAAUAGUAAAGCCCAUCCGCAGCUCGUGGGUUUCAAGUUCGGGGAAGCUUACUAUUUAUCCUACCAUUUUCUGCGUGACAGUUCUGAUUUAUUUUUAUACGCACAUUUUCAAUAAUAACGUUUUCAUGUAUCAAAAUCAAUGACUUUGUGAUUAUCGAGGCUGGGAGUGUUGGGAAGAUUUUUCAAAUACUGACGAACAAUCAUUGGCAAUGGAUGUAAAAAAAAACAGACUUUGUUGACUUGUGUGAGACGAAGAAAAAAUGUGUGGUGUACGUGGUUAUUUACGACAAUCAGAAAUAAGGCAUUGCCAAAUAGGCACUUUCCUACAUAUGCAUGCAUUCUGGAGAGAGACGUACMAUAUUUUUGCCACACUACCCUUACCAUUUUCCUUGAUGCAGUAUUUUAAAUUAUACUCAAGACACAUUAUCUUCACACAUAUUUUAGACGCUUUUCACUGACAGCCGCAACUCAAUCAGCUAGACCUAUUGCCACGCGCACUUMACAAAUGGCGGGCUUCCCAAACACACUUGUGAUUUGAAAAAAUCCACAGCUAUUUUUYAAAAGAAGCUAAUUAUCCUCUGUGGCUAAAUCAUGCUCCCCGGUGAAGUGUUUUUAAUUAUUUUAUUUACACAGGAGUGAUUAUAUAAUUUGGGAGAAACRUGCAUUUACUUUAGGKCAAUCCAGCAUCUUAACAGUACACUGUGCACACGCCAAMUUYCCUUUCCAAUUAGCAAGAGGCUGAAACCAGAGAUCUGKAUAUAAUGACGAGUUGCUUAUGUCUCCACCCUAACAAUGGGUAUUCCCAUAGAAACGCAUUGAAUUUAUACUGGACAGAUUUUGGCAAGAGUGAGCCCUCUCGCUUCGCCACUUCCUCUYUGCUGAAGCWAUAUCACAGGAGAAAGCAUCCGAGCGAGCGAAACAGCGCCCCUCUAUAUGUAGCUCAUGUA